AUGGCUAACCGAAUUGAAGCGGACAAUCUCUUUGAGCUCACGGCAGAGCUGGUCUCAGCCUCCGCCAAAUUGCACAAGUUUCUCGACCAGAAGAACCUCCCGCAGCCAUCUUUUGAUGCUCCAGCUCCAUCGGUAGCUCUCAACACCGCCAACAAGCCUUACUACGAUGCGAGAAGCGCGAUUGUAGAGGCUGCUGAGCAACUCAUCCGCCUGGUCCGUGGACCUCGCGAUACUCUUCUCGCUCUGUCCUUCGAGCACUGUGCUACAGCAUCGAUGCAGGUCGUUUUCAAAUACAAGUUUGCGAAUCACAUUCCGCUACAUGGCUCGACAACUUAUAGCAAGAUUGCCGAAGCAGUCGGAGAUGGUGUGACAACAGCUCUCGUUGAGCGCACGAUACAACAUUGCGCUUCCUUUGGCCUAUUCGAGACGAUCCCUGGCGGCUAUGUUACUCACAAUGCUACCUCGUCACUACUGGUCACCGAUCCAGAUCUCGAAGCCUGGAUGUAUCUCUCAGCGGUGAUCGCUUACCCAGCUGGCGCAGCUAUCCCCAAGGCCGUGGAGCAGUAUGGCGUGAGCAGUGAGGCCACCGAAGCAGGGUACGGCGUGAGCAUAGGAAGAAAGAUUGCACAAUUCCAGCGAUUCCGCGAGCCCGAUGGGAAGAAGGACCACGAGAUGUUCGCACGAGCCAUGCGUGGUAUCGCAGCUGGUGGUGCAUACGACUUCCGCCACGCAGUCGACGGCGGAUACCCUUGGCACCUUCUCACAGAAGGCGCAGGACACCUGGUAGUGGAUGUCGGCGGAGGUCCGGGCCACGUCGCCAUGGCACUCGCGGAAAAGUACCCAAGCUUGCGAUUCCAAGUCCAAGAUCUACCCGAGACUGUCCAAGUGGGAGCGAAGAACUGCCCUGAACACCUUCGUAAACACGUAACCUUCGUGGCACAUGAUUUUAUGACCCCUCAACCUGCUCAUGAAGUGCAAGACGGCGAAGGAAUCGUAUACUUUGCUCGAUUUAUCCUGCACGACUGGAGUGACAAGUAUGCCACGAAGAUCGUGCAGGCGCUUGCCACUGGCUUGAGGCCACAAGACCGCAUCAUCUUGAACGAAGUGGUCGUUCCUGAAGCCGGGCAAGUUGGCAGAGAGACGGAACGAAGAAUGCACGAUCGUGAUCUGCUGAUGUUGAUGAACCUCAAUGGACGUGAGCGGACACAGAGUGCAUUCGAGGCGAUCUUCGCUUCAGUGACUCCCAAGCUGCGGCUGCAGAGGGUCAUUCACCCAGAGCAAGGCGAAUUGUCGCUCAUCGAGGUGACUCUUGAUGGCGUUGAGCUUCCUGCCCAGGCGAAUGGUGUCAAUGGCCAUGCGAAUGGGACUAAUGGCGUGAAUGGUCAUUAA